AUGUCUGUACCAUCUAGCAGCAAAAACACGGCCACGGGUGUCACAUCCGUUCGGAAAGUAGUCUCUAGUUCUGUCAACAUCGCAGAAGCCUUCAACCAACAUUUUGCAUCGGUAUUUUCUGGCGAUACAGAAGAACCUCGCCCCCAAUUACCUACUAUUAGCUGUCCAGUCCUUCAAGAUAUAUCCCUCUCACCCUGCGAGGUUGCCGCUGCACUUCGUUCCCUUGACGGCAGCAAAGCAACUGGACCUGAUGAGAUCUCGGCAAGGCUACUAAAAGAAACAGCUGAACAGAUCGCACCCUCUUUAACUUUACUCUACAACAAGUCACUCGAGACAGGCGUAUUUCCAGACGAGUGGAAACUGGCAAAUAUUGUGCCGAUACACAAGAAAGAUAACAAAGAUCAUGUUGAGAACUAUCGUCCAAUAUCCCUGCUAAGUAUUAUCUCGAAAAUUCUAGAACGGUGUGUUCUGAUUCGUCUGCGUGACCAUCUAUUACUGAUGUUAGACCGUGCGCAACAUGGAUUCAUUCCUGGAAAAUCCUGCGUGACUCAACUGGUUGAAGUUAUCGACUACAUUGGCUCCUUACUAGACUCUGGCAAGCAGACUGAUGUGAUUUAUCUAGAUAUGUCGAAAGCCUUUGAUAAAGUGCAACACUCUCUUAUCCUUGAUAAACUACGCCAGUACAACAUCUCUGGUAACCUGUUGAACUGGUUUACAUCCUACCUUCGUGGGCGAAGACAACGUGUUACGGUACUUGGUGCGACAUCAAAAGAACGCAAAGUAACAUCUGGUGUUCCUCAAGGUUCCAUCCUUGGACCAAUGCUCUUUCUUUUAUAUGUGAACGAUCUGCCCAAGACUGUGAAUACAUCAAAAGUCGCUUGUUUCGCUGAUGAUACGAAGAUUCUGAAGCAAGUGGACAACCUGCAAGAUACUGCUGGUCUUCAAAACGACAUUAUCAGUCUUAACGGUUGGGCCACAGAUAACGGUUUGACAUUCAACCAAACGAAGUGUAAGUGCCAGCGCAUCACACGGAAGAAAACACCAGUUGAGUAUCCCUACGCCCUGAAUGGAUCAGUACUUGCCGCUGCUAAUCAAGAGAAAGAUCUCGGUGUAUGGGUGUCGAAUGAGUUGUGCUGGAAGAAACAAGUUGUCGAACAGACUUCAAAAGCGAACAAACUUCUGGGAUUUGUCAGGAGAUCUUCCCGGGAGAUACGAAGCCAAAGAACAAGAAGAUGUCUGUUCCUCUCUGUUGUACGACCACACCUUGGCUACGCCACCCAGAUUUGGGCCCCUCAGACCAUCGAGCUUAUCAAGCGCGUCGAAAGAGUGCAGCGUCGUGCAACAAAAUUCAUACUAAACCUUCCAUUCCACUGCGAACUAACUUACGAGGAUCGACUACAAGCUACCGAUUUACUACCGAUUAGUUUCUGGCAUGAAUAUUUAGACUUGACGUUUUUCUUCAAGAUGUUUAACGGGUUGGUGUGCGUCAGUGAGGAGAUAAUCCCUGAACGGAAGCAUGGAAAUAUAAGAACAACGCGAGCUACGAGCAAUUCUGACAUCAUUACGUUCAGGAUUAGAAAAUGCAGAACAGUAACAUUCCAAGGGUCGUUCAUGAAUAGAACAGCAAGAGUUUGGAACGUUCUUCCUGCAGAACUGAGACAUCAGUCUCUCACUUUACCAAGAUUUAAAUCUCUGCUGUUAGACUACUUCAAAACUGCCUUAUACCUAAAUUAUCAACCUCAAAAUCCUCGGACAUGGAAGUCUAUCUGCUUAAAGUGUAACACUGCUCGUAGUCUUGCUGCUUCACUCUCUUGCUGCUAUUAGUGUCUCAUAGUUAUUGAAAUAUAAACAUGAUUAGGAAGGUUGUAAGUCUUAAUUUUAUGUUCUGUCUAAAUUUGCAUAGAUUUGUGUCAAUUUGUGCACGUCCAGGUUCUUUACUGUUUUGAUCUAUAUUUUUCGAAGUUGUCAGAUCUUCCUAGUCUUGUUUAUUAAGUUUCAAUAGCUAUUUUAUAUUCUAUGAAUUGUUAUAUGUUUUAUAAAAUUUGCAAGCAGCUAAUUAAGUAUGUUUGUGAAAUACAAUACAACGAAAACUUCGAGGAAUUUGUUUGCCUGGCUUCAAGUUCCAAUUCGUGUGAUGACUUUGAUCAGGUAAAUCGAAGUUUUCGUUGUAUUUUAUUUGUGUUUUAUUAUCUAUUUAAAAUUUAAAGCGCCCACAGUAAUUGGUAACAUAUACUGUUGUGGUGACCCUGCCAUGAAUGCAUGCAUGAUAAUGGCGAAGUUAAAUAAAUAAAUAAAUAUAUGUUGGGAAAUUGACAAUUUUGGAAAUUAAAAGUGAUAUUUUUAGGCGAUUUUUCAUUUGUAAGAAUAUUCUUAAAAAAUUAUCGUGUUACCAUGACAACAACUUUAGAUACUUCAUGUUCGGAAAAUACAAUGGUUUUGUCAGCGGGGCGAGGGUUUCUGCAUGCAUGUAUUUUCUAGUUGUAGUUUUGGCUUUUGUUUAUAAUAUGCAUAUUUUGCUGGUAAUUAAAAGUGUUGUCGAUUUCAAUGUUUCUUUUAAUAUCCGGUUUCAAUAAGGGGCGAACCAUUAGAAAUCUGAUGGGGGGGGGGGGCAAAAGCAAAAAUAAAAAUCGAGCAGGGGAAACAGAAAAAAACAACUUCGAGCACGAAAAAAGUUUAAAAAAAUUCGUGCAAAGACUUUCCAAUAGGGGAAAUUAUUAGUUGUGUAAAGGCGGCCCCCAAAUUUGGAAAAUAAAACUUUUUUUAUAUAAGUAAUGGUGCGAGAAAAAAAUUUCUAAACAUAAAUGUUGCAGAUAUUGGUCCAAAAAACGCCUUCAAAGCAUGUUUUGAGAAAAAUUUGUCAGGGAAAAUGUGUUUUGAACCUUUAAAUGAACUGAUCUUAGUCUGUAAGAAUUUUUUUGACCCUUUUUUAUGCCCUGAAAAAUUUUUAUGUCCGGAAAAAUGCCCCACCCCCCUUCGAGCAAGGAUUAGUAAAAAAGAAAUUAGCGACACAAGCAAAAAAGUUUGAAAAAUUAUCGUGCACGUUGGAAAUGGACCCCCCCCCCCACCAUCACUUUUCUAAUGGUCCGUCCCUAACUGAUUCAGUGUAAAUAACACGGAGCUUUCGUUGUUUGGCAUGCUUUUCCUUUAUUCUCUUUAAACAUGUCUGGCAAAUGUUUUUUUAAGUGAGAGAGACCCAAAACUAUGUGGAGACUCUCGAGGGCUGGGUGAGAUAUUUUGGCUUUCUUCAUGCAGUGAUCGAUAGCGUGCGGGGACACCUAGAAAGGUUGCACAUUUCUGGAGAAAUCGUUUCUGAAGUAGAACUGAUUCUCGCUAGAGUCGGAAUGUUUUACGUAACAAUGUUUUUUGGCUGAGUGUCAGUUGUAUUCAUGCUUGUCCAGAUCUCCGCAAAUCGAUUGCAUUAUUAUAAUCCAUAGUCUUUAUUGUUUUACAGGUAUUUAUUCUAGCUGCAUGCCAUAAGAGUCACAAAACAAGUGAUAAAGAGGAAAACGCCUGGUUAAGAAGCGAAAGCUGUUCUCCAAAAAGUCCAGAGGUAUCAGACCCACUAUACUAUGCGAGGUAUCAACACUAGUGAAAAUUUUACUGAAGGCUCUGGAAUCCAGGGUAAAUUUCCACUCGUGUUGAUAUAACUGUAUAUCAACACGGAAAAUGUUCUAUAUUUGUUAAAGGUCUUUGAUUCGUAUAUAAAACGAACUCAAAGUUGGAAAUAAAACGAAAACAUUUAAAAGACAUCUUGAGAUGAGUAAAAUUUAUUCUAUAGUUUUAUGUUUGCUGCUAUAAUUUAUUUGCUGCUAUAAUUUAUUUGCUGCUAUAAUUUAUUUGCUGCAGUUUACUGCUAUAAUUUAUGCUGCUAUAAUUUGUUUAUUCUAAAUAAUUUGCAUAAAAUUUGAUGUUAAGAAAGCAGCUGGAUUAGAUAAUAUACCACCACGACUUCUGAAAGACUCUGCUAAUGUUAUUGCCAGACCACUCACCAAGAUUAUUAACGUAUCCCUCGAACAAGGAACAGUGCCUGAUGAUUUCAAACUUGCUAAGGUAAUUCCUGUUUUUAAGAAAUGACAACCCGAAAAUAUGGACAACUACCGACCGAUCUCAGUUCUUCCCACAGUGUCUAAGCUAUUAGAGAAAGCAGUCCAUGAGCAGUUGUAUAGAUUUUUAAUAACGAAUCAUCUCUUGAAUCCUUACGAAUGUGGUUUCUGUAAAUAUUACUCAACGGAAACUUCUCUCACAGACUCUAUUCGAAGGAACAUUGAUCAAAAGAUGCUUACGGAGCCAUAUUUGUAGUCCUUAGGGAGGUGUUUGACACCGUAGACCACUCCCUACUUUUGGCCAAGUUGGAGAGUUACGGCGUAGUUGAAAGUGAACUUGAGUGGUUUAGUAGUUACCUUGACGAUCGAUCGCAAAUAGUUACCUUUCAGAAUAUGCAAUCACUGCCAUGUAAUAUUUCGUCUGGAGUACCACAGGGGUUUAUUUUAGGGCCCCUACUGUUCGUCCUGUUUAUUAAUGAUCUUCCAGCAGCUGUUCAACAAUGCAAUGUUCUGAUGUAUGCCGAUGACACGGUACUUUACUUCGCAGACAGCGACAGUGGUGUAAUACCGAAUGUGUUAACAACCGAGCUGUUAAUAGGAUAAAAAAACAGAGACGGUGUUGUUUGGAACUAAUGCAAACUUAUCAAAGGUAACUAAUCAUGAGCUUUCAAUUGAUGGCUUUUCAUUAAAGCGUGUAACUGAUUAUUGUUACCUUGGUAUGACUUUAAAUGCAAAAUUGUCUUGGCAUUCACAUGUUGAUCAUGUAGCAAUGAAAGUGGGCAGUAGAAUUGGCAUGUUACGUCGACUAUGGAACAACCUGACCCCAAAUGCGGCGGAAACGGUUUAUAAGUCGUUCAUUCGCCCUCUUAUGGAGUAUGGGGACAGUAUUUGGACGUGCUGUGGUGAGCAAAACAAAGGAAGGCUCGAGAUACUCCAAAAGCGUGCUGUCAGAGUGAUUUCCAGGUACCCGCGAAGUGAUGACGCAAUGCAAAGCCUCAGAUGGGACAGCUUAGAAUCAAGAGGAGACGUACAUGUUCUCAAACUGGUUACAAAUGUAUUCUAG